GCUCUGCAGCCGGGGGCUGCCGGGAUUGGGGAGCCUGGCUCUGCGCUCGCCCGGGUAGCUGGGUUUGGCGGGAUAUGCCGGGGCUGCGCUGGCGGAGCUCUCAGCCCUGCUAGCUCCCUCGGCCCGCACCUGGCCGCCGUCUCGGAGCCCAGUAGGCCUGCUCGCCGGCGCGCACCGCCGCAGUCAUGGGGCUGCAGCCCCUGGAGUUCAGCGACUGCUACCUCGACAGCCCGUGGUUCCGGGAGAGGAUCCGCGCACACGAAGCGGAGCUCGAGAGGACCAAUAAGUUCAUCAAAGAGCUCAUCAAAGACGGGAAGAACCUUAUCGCUGCCACCAAAAGUCUUUCUGCAGCCCAGCGGAAGUUUGCUCAUUCGCUCAGAGACUUUAAGUUCGAGUUUAUUGGAGAUGCCGAGACUGAUGAUGAGCGAUGCAUAGAUGCUUCCUUACGGGAAUUUUCCAACUUUCUGAAGAAUCUUGAAGAACAGAGAGAGAUCAUGGCAUUAAGUGUUACUGAGACCCUGAUUAAACCCUUGGAAAAAUUCAGAAAAGAACAACUCGGAGCUGUAAAGGUUGGUGUCUAAUUUGAGCACACUUGUAAACAGAACGUGCUGGCGCCUUAGCUGCUGCUGUAUUCUUUAUUCACAUUUGGCAGCGUGGCGGGCUUGCUGGGGAGACCAUCUG